CGCGCCGCGCGCCGCUGGUGACGUGGAGACGCAGCGCUAACCGUCAAUACACGCACAACUUCCACUGUUAAACUCACUUCACCCAACGAUUACAACCACUAUUUAUUCCUCAUUGACUUUUAUUCAUCUGGAAACACACAGUCGUUUGUCUGAAGGAACAUAAGCGGCGUUUUUACAAAGCUGUCACAUCUGACAUUCAUUCACCCGGGUCUCUCUGGGCUGGAGAUGAGGUUGUGAGGAACUCCCUUGUGGUUUCCGGGGGCGAUGGGUGCCAACACCAGCCAGGUGAGCGACCUGUCAGAGAGCCAGAGCAUCCGCACACUGAUUGGUCCGGAUGCCAUCUCUGAGAAUGAGCCCUUCUGGAACCAGCUGAUCUCCUUCACCUUCAGCAGCCCCAACAGCAGUGCUGAUGCUAAACUCCUGGAGGAGGCUGUCGUCCCGCUGGCUAAAACUCUCAUUCAGAACAACCCCAGGUCGGGGAACUUCGGGGCGUUGGUGAGAGUUUUUCUCAGCAGAACCAAAGAGCUGAAGAUUUCCACAGAAUGUCAAGAUCAGUUGUUUAUCUGGCAGGCCCAUAAUGCUUUGUUCCUGGUUCGCUGUCUGCUAAAAGUCUUUAUCAGAGAGAUGAAUGCAGAGGAGCUGCGUUUACAGUUCUCUUACCAGGAGAGGGUGCCAGGCACCUACGACUCCGGCUGUGAGGAUCUUCUGGAGGAGUUGGUUUGUAAUUUGGUGCAUCUCAUCGUUGAAGUGCCUCUUCUGGACAUCACCUACAACAUCUUGUUCGAGGCUGUGACCACACUCCUGAUUCUCUUGUCCUAUCAGCUCUUCCACAAGGAGAUUCUGAGGGAGGGGCUUAUAUACGGCUACCUGACCAGAGGACGAUGUCUGUCUCUGACGAGUCGUCUGGUGAAGACGCUGCUGUAUAACUUCAUCAGACAGGAAAAUUAUCCACCUGCUGCACAAGUGUUCCAGACGCAGUCUGAUGGAGGAGGACUUCUGUACGGACUCGCUUCUGGAGUUGCCAGUGGAUUGUGGAGCGUGUUCACAUUGGGCGGUGUUGGCAGCAGGCCGGAGCAGGAGCAGAACCCUCUUCCGCUGUCCAAUCAGAGCCUGUUAUUACUGCUGAUUCUGGCCAAUCUGACAGAUGGACCGGACUGUCCGAACCCCUACCGCCAGGCCAUUACCUGCUUCAAAAACACACAAGAUUCGUCGUCUUUCCCGUCUCCGCAGCCUCACUCGUUUCAGAUCAACUUUAACAGUCUGUACACGGCUCUUUGUGAACAGCAGAAAUCAGAUCAGGUGACGUUACUGCUGUACACACUACUGCAUCAGAACAGCAACAUGAGGACCUACAUAUUGUCACGCACAGACAUGGAGAACCUGGUGUUGCCCAUUCUGGAGAUCUUGUAUCAUGUAGAGGAGAGAAACUCUCAUCACGUGUACAUGGCCCUCAUCAUCCUCCUCAUCCUCACAGAGGACGACACCUUCAACCGCUCAAUACAUGAAGUGACGCUGAAGAACAUCUCGUGGUACACCGAGCGUGUUCUAACAGAGAUCUCUCUGGGCAGUCUGUUGAUUCUGGUCGUGAUCCGAACCAUCCAGUUCAACAUGACACGGACCAGGGAUAAAUAUCUCCACACAAACUGCCUGGCCGCUCUGGCCAACAUGUCGGCUCAGUUUCGUAACCUCCACCAGUACGCCGCUCAGAGAAUUAUAAGUUUGUUUGCUCUGCUGUCGAAGAAGCACAAUAAGGUUUUGGAGCAGGCCACCCAGUCCUUGCGUGGGCCUCUGGGAGCAGAUGACGGGACGGUCCAGCCUGAUUAUGCUCAAGAUCUGAACGUCAUCGAGGAGGUGAUCAGAAUGAUGCUGGAGAUCAUAAACUCCUGCCUGAGUAACUCGCUCCAUCACAACCCCAACCUUCUGUACGCUCUGCUUUAUAAACGCGAGCUCUUCGAACAGUUCCGAUCUCACCCCUCCUUCCAGGACAUCAUGCAGAACCUCGACACGGUGAUUGGAUUCUUCAGUCAGCGUCUGGAGCAGGCAGGAAGUGACCUUUCAGUAGAGAGAGUUCAAGAGGUCAUCAAGAAAGGUGCUGUGGCCCUGCCCAAAGACCGUCUGAAGAAGUUUCCAGAGCUGAAGUUUAAAUACGUGGAGGAAGAACAGCCGGAGGAUUUCUUCAUCCCGUACGUCUGGUCGCUGGUCUUUAACUCUGGUGUUGGUCUUUACUGGAACUCUCAGGGCAUUGAGCUGUUCAGCAUGGACUCGCCAUAAACUGAGCGUGUGAUUCUAGAGUUUUCUGUCUGACUGUGUGUGUGUCGGACGCUGAAGUGCCUCCAUCGUGAGUUGUUUUGGUACUUUGUGUGUGUUCAUGUGGGGCUCACAGGCUUCCAUCCGUGUCAUCGUGAUAUACAGGACACGUGAUCCCCCAAACACUGGCUGCACUGAAUUGUGGGAAUGGUACAGUUGUGGAAUGGUUUGUUUAUACUGACAUUCAUCAUCAUUUCUGUUUUUGUUUUGUGCUUGGAGAGGAAAAUGUAAACAAGUCUUUUUCAGUUAACUUCUGGUCAGUCUGUUUUUUGCUUUGCAAAGACGUUGAACCCCAUUAAGAUGUUUGUUCUAUCAUGCACAGAUUGAUCACAUAUCACCAAGUCAUAUAGUCAGGGGAUGAAUACCUAUAUAUUUUGGGUUGUUUUAUAAGACGCUUUGCUAUUUUAAAUUAAGUUAUUUAUUGUCGCUACCUUUUGUUAAUUGUGCUCAAAUGUUACCCGUAUAUAAUCUUCAUAUGAGCAAAGAUAAACCAUGAAUUGAUUUUGUUUAUGGAUGUUUUGUUGUUUAUCUUUCCAGUUGGGAAAAAUAUUUAAAUUAGGUUCAAAAUAAUAUGAACACAUAUUUAGAUACUUGUGUGAUAAAGUAUAAGCAUCUUUCACAUGUAAAUGCAGCCGAGUGUCUGGUUUAUGUAUAUAUAUAAAUUUGGUUAUUUGCAUGUACAUUAUUGUAUAAACGGAGCACAUGUGUUUGUAGCUUUAGCAUUUAUUCUUCUAGAAACCCUGUUUUGUAUUCAUUGGUUGUUGCUCUUUAUUUUAAGGUCGGGCCAUGAAAGUUGAAAUGAAUGGAGUGUAGGCUUGACUCGUCAGCUCUGUUACUUCAUGACAUCCCUGUUACACAGCACAAACUCGCCAGAGGUCAUCAUUCAGUUUCACAUCUGUUUUGAUUAUGGAUCAUGAUUCAGAAUCAUUCACAGAUUUUAAAGGGAUAGUUCACCCGAAAAUAAAAAUUCUGUCAUCAUUUACUCUCUCUCGAGUUGUUCCAAACCUGUAUAAAUGUCUGUGUUCGGAUGAACUCCGAGAAAGAUAUUUGGAAGAAUGCUUGCAACCAAACAGCUCUUGGACCCCAUUGACUAUCAUAGUAGGAAAAAUUACUGUUGAACACAAAAGAAGAUAUUUUGAAGAAUGUAGGAUAGCAAAUCGUUCUGGGGCACUUUUCCAAAUAUAUUUCUCUGUGUUCAACUAAACAAAUAAAUUUAUACAGAUUUGGAACAACUAGAGAGUGAGUAAUUCAUGACAGAAUUUUCAUUUUUGUGUGAACUGUCCCUUUAACACAUCUAGACAUUUGGCUUUAGGAGUUAUUUUUUCCAUGCGUUUCCAAUAUUACAUUUAGUUUUGUUUCAUUUAGUUCCGUAGAGUUUCUCUAAUGUGAAAUACAACCAAUAAAAUACUUAUAAUCAUAA